ACUUCUAAAUUCAACGAAUAACAACAAGCGGUACAAUUUACAGACCAGAAACCCCACUCUCUCUCUCUCGCUUCCUUCAAAACGAAGCAAAGCCUGAACACCAAACACCUCACAAUCCAAACAAAACCUUGAUUUCACAAAAAACUAAAACUCCUCCUCUGUGUUGCUUCCAAUGUCACCGGCUGCGGCCGUCGAUAUCAGGUCACCCGUCACCUCCAAACAUCCUUCCUCUUUCCAAAACCCUAAUUCCAAUCCAAUCGAAAAUAACCACCGCCAUAGUGUAAAGGCUCCGGUUUUUGGUAGCGCAAGUGAAAUCGAUAUGAAUGAAAACGGGUCGCAAAUCGGGUUGGGUCGGGCGCGGCCGAGGUUGGUGAAGGUGAGGAGGCGGUUACAUGGGAGGAACAGAGGAGCGGCUCCAGGUGAGUUGUGCGGGUCCGGGUCGGGUUUUAACCCGUUUAAACCAGCAAGUGAUGAUUGUUGUAGCAGUGAUAGUUAUUUAAAUGGGGAUAGUAAUGUGUCCAAUGUGGGUUUUGUGUUUGGUGCAAAUGGGGGUGUAAAAAGUGGGAGGUUAGAUUUGGAUUUGAAUUCUCGAGUGGAAUUGGAUUUUAAAGAAAAAGAAUUUGGUGGAAGUGUGGGGCAAUUGAGAGAAAAGGAGCCAACUUUGGAUUCAAAAAUGGAGGCUGGGGAGUUUGGUAACGUGGGUUUUGUGUUUGGUGCUAAUGGGAAUAAUGUCGGGGUGAAAUUUGUUUCAGAGAAGAGACAAUUGAAUGAGUGUGGUGUGAAUGCAUGCGAAGCAGAGAAUGAAAAGGUCAGGAAUGAUGGUGACAGCGAGUCUUAUGAUGACAGGAGUGAAUUAGGAUCGGGUUUGAAUACCAAUGAGGGAUAUUCUAGUGGAAAUGGUGUGAAGUUGGGUUCUGAUGAUGUCGGUUUUGUGUCUGAUGCUACUCAUGAUGGAACUUGUACAAACAUGGGGGUUUCUGGUUCAGGUUUUGUGUUUGGUCCAAGUUGGUUUGAUGGAAAGUUAAAUUCGAACGAGGGACAGAGAGAAUCAGGUGAAAGUUCUGGAGAUUCAGCCAUUGCUGAUACUGGGACGAUGAAGGUUAGGCAUGAGGCCGAGCUUUAUAAAGUGAAAGGCAAUGGUAAGGGUAUUUUUGUGUCACCUAGCAGCAGCAAGAAAAGUUCCUUUCUCAAUGAAAGUGUGGUUACAAAGUGCCCUGUUGAGGUCAAGUCAAGUGGCGAAACUUUUUUAAAUUGCAGUAUUUCAAUGGAUCAAAAUGGUAAUCUGAAUUCUAGUGUCAAUGAUAAGUGUACGUUUGCUUCAUUUGCAAAUAGUAGUAAUGUAGCUAGUGCUUCUAGCAUGAACCCAAUAUUUAAUCUCCCAGAAGAUAUUAAGAAACUUAACAUUAAUGAGUUUAAGAACGUUCAUGGAACUGACGAUAAGAAUUCAUCUGCUAAAGAUGAUUCUUCAUUUGUAUUCAGAAGCAGUAAAAUGGUUUCUGCCUCUUCUAUUGGAAGUUCUGGUGGUGAUAAAUUUGAAUCCAGUGACAAAAACAGAAGUUGUAAUACGGCUAGCACUUCUAUUGGAAUUUCAAGUUCGGGAUUAUUUACAUUUCAGGCAGGAUGUGCACAAAGCUCUUUUGAGGCCCAAUUAUCUCAAGAUCAAGUGAAUGAUGAUACACAACUCAAUGGAGCUGCUGCUCAAACUUCAUUGUCAUCGGGUGGUUUUGACUCCCAAGUAAAUAAUGUAGUUUCUGAAGCAACAACUGUGGCUGGAGUUGAUAAGGAAAAUAACGAAAGUAGUUCUACAAACACACUGGGUGGAUUAGGGAUGCCCUUCACAGACUUCAAAACUCCAUGGGAUCCUUCUUGUUUAAAAACAAGUCUAUUUCCUGAAUUAAAUAAGAAACUGGAAUUUACUGCAAAUAGCAGAUCAAAGAAGGGCAAAAGAUCACAAAUGAGGAUACGGUUGAAGCAAGAUUCCUUAUGCAAGCAACAGCAAGAGCAAGAGCAAGAUCAUGUGCAAAAUGAAAGGAGUGCCCAAGAAAAUCUAAAUACCCCCACCAGUUACUCACCCAUGGAUUUUUCCCCUUAUGAGGAAACUACAGCUGAGAAAUUUUCUGAAGAAACUUUUGUGACAUCAAAUGAUUCCAACCAUCAAGAAAAUAAUCGUGCGUCCUCUAUCUUGCAUUCAACCGAGAUUGCUGGUCUCAGAGAGAGUGGAGGAUUAGAUACUGAUAAAGAUGAUGGGAAACCUAGAGAGAAGAUGAACCCGGAGAAUUCUGAUUCUGGUUCUGAAAGAUGUUUCAUGGGUGAUUACAUCUCUAAAGAGUUUGUUUUUGGAGCUGAAAUGCCCUGCUCUGGUUUCAACUUUGUGCAGGUCAGUAGCAGGGAUGCUGGCGCUGCUGAAGAUACACAUGGAUUAAAGACAGAAAGCAGCCAUCAAAUGCAAUUUUCCUUUGCUUCAGGAUCGGGAGACCUAGAUGGGAGGAAAUUUUUCUUUUCUGCUUCAUCCUCUGAACAAAUUAGUUCAUCAGCACCAAAGCGUCAGUUUAGAAAGAAAUAUAGGAGGAAAAAUCCAUGUGCACCAUACGUUGUUGCCCCAAACCCAAAUGGACAAGAAGAAGAUUUAUCUACUCCUCAAAGAAAGGUGGGAAAUAAAUCUGAAAUAAAUGAAUUAGCCAAGCAAGGCUCAAUCUCAUCCACUGACUCUGUUCAGGAAGCAUGUGAGAUGUGGCGAGCAAGGGGGAAUCGUGCUUAUCAAAAUGGGGAUAUGUCUAAAGCCGAGGAUUUUUACACAAGUGGGAUAAAUUCCAUUCCUUCUAGUGAGAUGUCAGGAUGCUGCCUCAAGCCUCUUGUUAUUUGCUAUAGCAACCGUGCAGCAACACGAAUGUCUCUUGGAAACAUAAGGGAAGCUUUAAGAGAUUGCAUAAAGGCUUCUGGUCUAGAUCCCAACUUUUUGAAAGUUCAAAUGAGGGCUGCUAAUUGUCAUCUUCAGCUGGGAGAAGUUGAGGAUGCACUUCACUAUUUUAGUAAGUGCUUGGAAUCUGGAGCUGGUGUGUGUUUAGAUCGAAGAACCACGAUAGAAGCUGCUGAUGGCUUACAGAAAGCUCAGAAAGUAGCAGAGUGUACAAAUCGUUCUGCAAAACUUUUGGAAGAGAGAACAUAUGAUGCAGCAGUUAAUGCUCUAGAUGCGAUCGGCGAGGCCUUGUCAAUUAGCCCCUACUCAGAAAGAUUGCUGGAAAUGAAAGCGGAAUUUCUGUUUAUGUUACAGAAGUAUAAAGAGGUGAUUCAGCUGUGUGAGCAGACUCUUUGUGCUGCUGAAAAAUAUUUUGCUUCAGUAGGUGCGGAUGGGCAGUUUGUGGAUAUUGGCUGUUCUGAAAGUGAAAAUUGCUCAUUUGCGAGGGUGUGGAGAUGGCACUUGAUUUCAAAGUCCAACUUUUAUCUUGGAAAGCUUGAGGUGGCUCUUGAUUUACUUGAGAAAUUAGAGCAAAUGAGAUCCAUCAGUUACAAGUAUGCAAAUGCGAAUAAGAUAUUGGAAUCAUCUGUUACAUUAGCUGUCACCGUACGCGAUCUUUUACGUCAUAAGAGUGCAGGGAAUGAAGCAGUUCGAUCAGGACGGUAUGCAGAAGCUGUAGAGCAUUAUACUGCUGCUUUAUCAAACAACAUUGAAUCCCGCCCUUUUUCAGCAAUUUGUUUUGGAAACCGUGCUGCUGCACACCAAGCAUUGGGGCAGAUUGCUGAUGCCAUUGCAGAUUGCAGCCUAGCUGUAGCCCUUGAUGGAAAUUACUCGAAGGCAGUUUCCAGAAGAGCAGCCUUGCAUGAGAUGAUUAGAGACUAUGGACAGGCAGCUAUUGACCUUCAAAGACUUGUAUCCGUUCUUGAAAAUCUAUCUGAUGAAAAAGUCAGACAGUCCAGCAAACCUGCUAGAUCCACCAGUAGGACAAAAGAAUUAAGGCAAGCUCGUCAGCAUUUGUCAUUAAUGGAAGAGGAGGCUAAGAAAGGAAUCCCAUUGGAUUUAUAUCGUAUUUUGGGAGUCAAAGAUUCUGACACGGCAGCUGAUAUAAAAAAGGCAUACCGCAAAGCAGCUCUUAAACAUCACCCAGACAAGGCUGGUCAGUUCCUGGCAAGAAGUGAAAGUGGUCAUGACAGGCAGCUCUGGAAGGAAAUUGUUCAGGAGGUUCACGCAGAUGCUGACAGGCUAUUUAAGAUGAUUGGAGAAGCAUAUGCAGUACUCUCAGACUCCUCAAAGCGGUCAGAAUAUGAUCUUGACGAGGAAAUUAGAAAAGCAUCAAAGGAAAACAAUGGAAGCAGUCAUAGAAGAACAUACACGCGCAGCAACUCAAAUGAGAGAAAUGAAUACCGUCGACAUUGGCAGGAUAAUUGGAAGACUAAUGGUUAUUCACGUUGGUGAUGGUAGGAAAAAUAUGCUAUGUCUCAGGAUCAAAAGCAAACUGCAUUUUUCCGAUCAGGGUCAGGUCAGCUUUUAAGGGAUGAAGUCAGAGGAUGGAUCAUCAGGACUGGCUAGCCAUUGGUCUGGUUAACAGCCUGAUAAUGGAUCCAAACUAACCAUGGCAUUGAUCUAAAAUAGAUAGUUGUCAGUAAAUUUGGCGGAUUUCUAUCUAAGAAAUCUACAUUUCUUAUGGAAGCUAAAAGGGAAGGUUUUGUUGAAGGAUACUGGACCUUGUAGGGCAUUGUUUGCAAGCAUACUUAAAACUCGGCUCUCCGUUUGUGCCUAAAAGCCAAAAGCGACUCUGGACAGAAAAACUUCGGGGUUUUAUUUAUUCAAACCCCCAUAGAGAAAACAGAGAAGAAUCACUUCUAGCUGUUUGUUGUUUACAAAAACCACAGGUGCAUUAUCAAAUAAGACGCAUGUUGUUUCAUUGUUGUUAACUCCUGGCCUCGCGGUUGCCUGGUGGUUGUGGUAUAAGGUUUUUCACCACAGAAAAUCUUGUACAUUAUUUAUUAAAAGAAAGAAAAAUACAAAUGGAUGUAAAAACUUUGAGUGUUACUUAUUUUAUGCUUAUGGAAUAAGAAGAAAAGGAAUGCAGAUGUUAUGCAGGCAA